AAUCGAUAUUUUUGUCAUCCCUAGCCCCACCUUGCAGUUGGGUGUGUGCAACGAAUUAAUUUGUUUUUCAGUUGUUUAUAGUGCGUUAAGCUAGUUAUUUUUUUAUAUUGUAAAUAAAGUGCCUUCACAAUGCGUAAUUUGGGCAAACAGCAGUCGCAGGACACCACCGACACGAGUGUGGAGAAGGGCGACUAUCCGCGUGCGACAAAUGGAGUCGUAUUUGGGGCAAUUAUUACCUUUGCCAGCUUUUUUGUAUUGAUGAUGUCCUUCUGCUCACCCUACUGGAUCGAAUCGUAUGAGGAGACGCGCAGCAGCUUCAAAAACAUGGGACUCUGGCAAUACUGCUUCAAGAACUUCGUCUAUCCGAACUACCAAUUCCCCAAGCAAUUCACGGGCUGCCAUUUGAUCUUCUCACAUGAUUAUUAUGUGAUACGCGAAUAUCUGCUGCCUGGCUGGCUGAUGGCCGUGCAGGGCUUUGUAACGAUGUCAUUUAUCAUAGUCUUCGCUGUGCUGACGCUGCUAUCGCUCACUAUCAUUCGACUGCCUUUGAAGCCUGUGCUGCAGUACGAAUGGCUGCUCGUGCGCAUGUCCUACAUAGGCACAGCCGUCUCCUCGCUGUUCAUGUUCUUGGCCGUUUGCAUCUUUGGCGGCUGUGCUUAUCGACGUGAUUGGCUGAUGUAUCCGAAAUUUAAUGUGCUUGGCUGGUCGUACGCUCUGGCCGUGGUCACCUUUAUGCUAUUGGGUCUGGCUGCUCUCAUACUACAGCGCGAAGCUCGUCAGGCCUACGAGGCACGCGGCGAGCAAAAGAAUCUGGUGAUGCAAAUGGAAAUGCAGGAGCCCGGCUAUCAGCCACCGCGUCAUCAUCAUAGCCAGUCGCGCAGCCUGCAGGGCUACAUAUAGUUGGCAACUAAAGACAGAAGCGUUAUAUAUUCAACUUAACACUCAACUCGACUUCGAUUCAAUUCCAUUUACAAGCCGUCCAAGCAGAACCUUUGCUGCAAACUGAAUCUCUUCUUUUUUUAUUUUAAACUAAGUGCCUUUUGGAAUUUGUAGUGCAAAUUUUGUUUAAAUAUUGUAGACUUAGCUAUAUCUGCUAUAUGUCAGUCUAACAA